AUGAGCUUUACGACUGCGUUGGAGUAUUGCUAUUCAAUUGCUGGCGCUACUAUGUCAGCGUAUUUACAGGAAAUGAUGGACCAGACCAUUUCGGUUAUCACGAAUGACGGUCGGAAUAUCAUCGGUGUGCUCAAGGGCUUUGACCAGUGUGUAAAUGUGGUCUUAGACGAAAGUUUCGAGCGUGUUUUCUCGCUCAAGGAGCCCGUCGAGGCUGUAGAGCUUGGACUCUAUAUCAUUCGUGGUGAUAACAUUUCAGUAAUCGGUGGUGUGCCGAAUAAUAUUCGAGAACAAGUGAUUGAUGACCAAACGCGUGCGGCACCGUUGAAACCACUGGCUCACUAA